CCAGCCGGACUUGCGGGGACGGGAGAGGGGCCGAGGGGAGUGGGGCGUCCCCCUCGUCCUCUCGCUGGGUCCGUGGAUAUCCCGCGGGGGCGUCGCCACGGGAGCCUCUCGGCGGUGGCGGCGCUCGAAGCCCCUCGGCCGCUCCUGCCGCUGCCGCGCUCCGGAGAGUUGGCUCUCGCCAGGGAAGAAAUGUUCUAAGAAUGUCAUCACGCAUCGAAAUAAAACCAAAGACUGCAGCACAGAAAAGCAAGACUUCCUCUCCUUCACCAUGUUCUUCAGAACCUGCAAUUAAACCACAGCCAAAGCCUAGUGACAAGCUGAAUCCUAAAACUAUUAAUCCGUUUGGUGCCUCUUCUCAAUCAACAUCUGCAUUUGCUGCCAUAUAUGCUAAAGGAGGCAUUCCGUGCAGGUUAGUGCAUGGAUCAGUAAAGCACAAACUGCAAUGGGAAUGCCUUCCUGAAACUGUUCCCUUUGAUCCUCUCCUUGUAACAUUGGCAGAGGGACUAAGAGAGACAAAACAUCCCUAUACCUUUGUUUCGAAGGAGGGUUUUAGAGAAUUACUUCAGGUUGAAGGUGCUACUGAAAAAGCAAUUCCCUUGUUGCCUCGUCUAGUUCCAGUCUUAAAGGCUACGCUGGCCCAUGCAGAUGAUGAAGUAUUUGAAAGGGGAUUGGAUGCUUUAGUUCAGCUGAGUGCUGUUGUUGGCCCAUCUCUUAAUGAUCAUCUUAAACAUCUACUCACAAAUCUUUCAAGGAGAUUAAUGGACAAGAAAUUUAGAGAAAAAGUUACUGUUACUUUACAAAAGUUGGAGCAAUAUGGUGGAAAGGCAACUGUGGCUAUCAUCAAAUCUAAAAUUCCAACAUAUUCUUCUAUCUCCCCCUGAACAAGACAACUCUAGUGAUUUGUACUAUAAGGUGAA